AUGAAGAUGCCCACGUUCGAGAAGAAUCCAAAGGAGAAGGCGUUCUCCGGGUUCGGAAAGUCGAUGCUCAAGGCGAUGGGGUGGAGCGAGGGCGAGGGCUUAGGGAAACAGCGCGACGGCAUCAAGGAACACGUCAAGGUGAAGCAGAGAGAGUUCAACAUCGGUCUCGGCGCGGAGAAGGAGCGGUACAAGUGGGAGGAGAAGUGGUGGGAGAAUCACUACGAGGGCGCCGCCGCCAAAAUCGCCGCCGCGUGCGCGGACGCGGGCGUCGCGGUCGACGACGGCGGCUCCGACGGCUCGGACAGCGACAGCGACAGCGACGCCGACAGCGACAGCGAGAUGGCUCGGAACUUGAAGCACUGCGCCGUGGACGCGACCGGGAAGAAGAUCGUCGCCGCGGGCAAGGUCAAGGGCCGCGACGGCAUCUACUACAGCGGGCGAGAGUCCGACCUGAAGCUCGCGAAGGACCUCGCGAAGGGCGGCGGGAAGGGCGACGGCGGGUUCUUCGGAAGAGCGAAAGGGAAGCUCGCGCGCAUUGCGGAGGCGGAGAAGGCGUUCAUGGACAAGUACGGGGGGGUCCAGGAGGGCGACGCCGCGAGAGAGCGCGCCGCGCGCGGGGACGACGCGUCGUCCUCCGGCGGGGGAUCCUCCGACGCGAAGAAGGCGAAGACGAGUCGGACGAAGGCGUCGAAGAGGGACAAAAAAAAAGCCAAAGCCGCCGCGGACGACGAGGCCGAGGCGGCGAAGAAGGCGGCGAAGAAGGCGGACAAGAAGUCGAAGAAAUCCGCGCCGAGGACGCCGUCGCCCGAUCCGGAACCCGAGCCGCUGACCGGGGAGGCGUACGAGGGGAAACCGAGCGCCAGCACGCUGUCGUUGUCGUGGUGGCAAAACGCCAAGUUCACGUGGGGCGGCGUCGUCGGGAGCAAACGCGAGCGCGACCUGGACGAUCGAUCCGCGGUGAAGCGCGAGCGAGGGUUCACGGAGGACGACCAGGAAGCGCUGUUCAACCUCGCGCACGACGGGAAGGUGGAGAAGAGAUCGAAGAGGGGCUUGGGCGGUAAGGGCGUCAUCAAGACGGAGCACACGGGGACGAAGCGGAGGUUCGACGACGACGGCGAGCUCGACGCGGCGCCGGGGACGGGGAAGUCCGCGAAGGAGCCCGCCGCGGUCGUCGUCAAGGAGAAGAGAGAGAAGAAGGAGAAGAAGGAGAAUAAGAGCAAGAAGGAGAAGAAGAGCAAGAAGGAAAAGUCGCCCAAGGUGGACCUCGCGAGAGCGCCGGCGAAGCGAGCGAAGCGGAACUCGUACCUCGACAAGAUAAACGACCUCGCCGCGGUGAACCGCGCCGGCGGGGCGAGGGUGCCGGGCAAGUGA